ACUUUGAACAUUAACAUGGUGAACAUGGCGCUUAUCGUUUGACGGCACAUUUAUAACUAUCAGUUUCAAAAUAAUAAAAUAAGUACUUAUAACUGUUACUGUCUUCGGCUUUAGCUUUCCUUAGUGAAGUUAUAUGUUUUUUCACUAUGCCUCGACGAUGGAUGGAUGUAAACGAUGAGUUAAUUGCAAUUAAAAAAAAGAAGGUAGAAGAAUGCUCGAGUUUAGACACAAGUUUUUGUGAUGACGAAGCCUUAACUGCGGGAAUUGUAUUUACGGAUAUUUCCCAACGCCAAUGGCGACUUGGAAAACCAAUCGGUCGUGGCAGUUUUGGUAGAAUUUAUCUUGCUUCGAAUGAUAUAGAGACUGACGUUACAAAUACAAAUGCCAGAUACAUUGUAAAAAUCGAACCACACAGUAAUGGUCCUCUAUUCGUUGAGGUACAUUGCUUAAUAAGAACUGGAGAAACUGGCAAAGUAAAACUAUGGCGCCAGCAACAUAGGCUUAAAAGUUUAGGUAUGCCACAUUUUGUUGCAAGUGGGUCCUUUACUGACAAAAGCACUGACAUAAAAUACAGAUUUUUAGUUCUGCCUCGAUAUGACAUUGAUCUUCAAAAAAUAAUAUCCAAAGCAAAAAUUCUGGACUUAAAAAAUGUUCUUAUUAUAUCGAUUCAAGUACUCGAUGUUUUGGAAUACCUUCAUAGUCAAGGAUAUACACACUCAGACAUUAAAAGCUCAAACCUAAUGAUAGGCUUUGAUGGAAAUAAAUUAAAAUUACAGGAUAAACCAUCUUUUCAAAAGCACACAACACCAUCAAAACCUAAAAAAGGUAAAAGUACCAAAAGUAGAUCAUCAAAUUAUUAUGAUGAUGAAGACUUCACAAUUGAUAGUGAUAAUUAUAGUACAGAAAAAAAAAUUGCAAAUGUUAGACGUAAAAUAACACAAAUACUGACUCAUAAAGACAGGAGUAUUCUUCGGCACCAUGCAUUCAAUUUACGACAGUUAACAAAUGUGAAUUAUGAAGAUAUUAAUUCCUUAUGUUCAGAUAGAUCUUACCAGAAAGAUGUUAAACCUCAAGAUGAUGUUAUUAAUUAUAAAGACUUACAUGAGAUAUAUAAAGAAGCCAUUCAGUCACAAUCAAAUGGACAAGUAUAUUUACUUGAUUAUGGCUUAGCAUCUAAAUUUCUCGAUUCUGAUGGCAAUCAUAAAGAUUUUUGUAUGGAUGCUAGAAAAGCACAUGAUGGAACAUUAGAGUAUAGUUCACGAGAUUCUCAUAUAGGGGCACAUUCAAGAAGAUCGGACUUAGAAACUCUUGGUUUCAAUAUACUAGACUGGUUAACGGGUAUCUUGCCAUGGAAGUCAUCAGAUGUCCUAGCAAAACCCGAUCUUGUGCAUGCUUUGAAGAAAAACUUCAUGAGCAAUAUAAAACUAUUACUAAAAACAUGCUUUAAGACUGAAUUCUAUCCACAAUUUAUUGAAAAAUAUCUUCAAUAUAUUGUGACACUUGAAUUUACUGAGAAACCUGAUUAUGAAUAUUGUAGGAGUUUGUUUAAAACUGAAUUGGUAAAAAUUGGUCAUGUUUUUGACAAGGAAUGUAUGAUUAAUUUUAAUGAUGGUCCUAAAUCUCCUAUAAAUAAAAUUUUUCAUGCUAAGCAGUUAGCCAAGAAAAGUACAUCUCGUGAUUUUAUAGUGCGAAAUGGAGUUAAAAAAUCAUCACAAAGAGAGAACAUUGUCACGUCCAUGGAAAAUGCUAUCAAGUUAGAUUUCUUAAAACAUUUAAAUAUAUCGAGUGAUGGCCAACGAAAACCAUGUUCAUCCAGAAAUUUCUUUACUUCUGAUGCAGAUUUAGCCGCGCGAUUAAAAAAUUCUCUUAUGCCACACUUAUUGGGUAAAAAAUUGUCACCAAAAAAUUUGCGUUCAAAGAAAAGCAGUAUUAUAAAACGCAAAGGAUUGAAACGCCAUCGUAACAGUAUAGGAAAAUUUGGAAACUUUAUGGGUUCAGAACGGCAAUUUACGUGGGCAGAGAUAUUAGCUAAAAAUCCAGAAGAUAUCAUUCGCAAGGAGCGUAAUGUUCAAACUGAAGAAUUUGACGAUGAUUCUACUUGUAAAUAUAGGAUAAGAAAACUUUCCUCAUCAUCUGAAAAUUCAGAUUACCAGUCUCCUCUUCUACAAAAGGAUUAUUUAGAAAGACUUAAUCCUACUUAUGCCAUGAGAGAAGUAGUUGCCAAUUUGAAGAAGAAAGUAGCUGCAAAAAAUAAAGGAACAGAAGAAAAUAUUUUAAAAGCUAACUCAAGAGUUAAAUGUGACAAUUUGGAAAAAGUUAUCGACACUGCACUAGAAAGUUCAUUAGCUAAGCCCUGUACAAGGUCUGCUGUAAGAAAAACAGAAACUAAGUAUAACUCUACAAAAUCUAGUACUACAAAGGACACACCAGGACAUCCUAGAUCUAAAGAUAUAAAAAAUAUAACUAAGACAUCAAAAACUAUUGAAAUCAAAGAAAAAUCAGAUGACUCUGAUAACUCAACUAAGAAUCUUCCAAGAAGAACUCGAGCUAAGAAGACUCUUGAACAAGAUGUGAAGGUUGAGGAUAAGAGUAUAUUGGUGGUGAGAAAACUUCCUACAAGAAAGUGUAAAGUUAAAAAAAUAGCAGAACAUGAGAAGAAAAAAAUAAUUGUUAACCCAACUGUAAUUCCAUUUGAUGGGAGAAAAUCUCUAGUAGUUUUAAAAAAGUUGGAUAUUAAAGAAAUUCCAGCAAGAAAAAGUCCGAAGACGGCAACUAACAGACGCAAGUUAAGAAGUAAUACCCGUAAAAAAAUACUUCCUUAAGUUCUAUAAACCAUCUAAAUAUUUAGUUAAAAGUCUGAAAAGAAUGAAUAUCACUUUUUAAUACAAACAUUUUUUUACUUGACAGUUGAAAACUGUAUUUAUAAAAAAUCUAAUUUGCAUUAUAUUUAAGAAAUACUUGCUUAUGGAGCAAGAAUUCAAGUAAUUAUUUGUUUUAAAAUGAGGUAUAAAUAUCCUAUCCAUCUCAUUUUAUACACACAGUAUUUCAUUUUAAAAUUCUAGUACUUUAUAUAGUAUCACAAUAAAUAACAACAUAAUUUUUAUUUUUACAAAGUAAGUUUUUAAAAUAAACUAGUUUUAUUGUUAAAAUACAAUCAGUUGUAUAAUUUUUUUUAAGACUUGGAGGCAUUUAAUCAUUGAAGUUCCUUUGAUGCUUUUAAUACUUAAGUUUAUAAAUUUAUUCAUAUUUCCUAUUUUACUAAAGGUUCUGUGAAACUCAAGGUCGGGAAUCCAGGAUCGUAAACAGGGUCUCGCUUAACCUCUUUUUUAAAUGUUUAGACAAUAAAUUAGUAUAACCAAUCUGUUUCUUCCAUUGCGUGUUAGUAUACUUGAAGGGGGAAAUAGACUGACUGUGACCGCCAGAUACGCUCCUAGUGGACGCCUGAAAUUUACUUUUCUUGAACUUGAUUUCUCAUUAAGUGGCCAUAAAUUUUAAAUGUCUUUUAUGUUGUAUUCUAAAGCAAUCUACUUAUUAGGCAUUUUUUUCUUGUAGACUAGCUUUAUAGUGCAUCACAAUCGUCUCUUAUUUUAGGAAUCAAUAAAAGGUAAAAUUUA